AUGACUGUCGAAACGAAGAAUAACGAAACAAUAUCCAUAGUCAAUGGGUUACGUGUGCCUGCACUGUUUGAUGUCGAUUUAUUUCGUUCAGGUCUUGAGUAUGAAGCACAAUCUGAUGAUAUAUUUAUUCUUACUUAUCCAAGGUCAGGUACACAUUGGAUCUCAACUAUUGUUUAUGGUUUAUUAACUGAUGGAAAACCAUUUGAUGAAGAUACGGGUGAUUAUUUGGCAAAGAUCCAAUUUCUCGAUCGAUUUGGAAAAGAUAUUGUUAAGACGACAAUGAUUCAUCCCGGUGCUAUUCAAACUCAUUAUCCAUUUUAUUGUGUUCCAUAUCAUCCUCAAGCAAAAUAUAUUUGUGUUAUUCGUCAACCUAAAGAUGUUUGUGUUUCUUGUUAUCAAAUCUUAUCUUCAAAUUCAGCAUUUCGAUUUUCACAAAUCGAUUUUUCGACAUUUUUUCAAUUAUUUAUCAAUGGUCAAACACCUUAUAUUGAUUAUUUUGAUCAUUUAGAUUCGUUAUGGUCACACAAAGAUGAUGAAAAUGUCUUGUUGGUUUCAUACGAACAGAUGAAAAAUGAUCUUUGUGGUGUCAUUGAUAAAGUAGAUUAA